GUACGUCUCAUCUCACGGUAGCCGUGGAUUGUCACGUAUGAUGAAAUAGCUAGAUACAACACUCAUUGGUUAGCUUUAACUGCUCAUAAGUUAGCUUAAUUAGAGAACCAUCUUACAGUUCGUCCAGAGGUAGAAGUGGUGUCAUUUCGAAGUUUGAAUUUAGUGAGUCUGAAUAAAGACAGGAGUGGUAUCGCUAUAUAAAAUGUCUAAUAUAAAAAUCUUCGGCGGCAGCUCUCAUCCGGAUCUUUCAACGAGAAUAGCAGAAAGAUUGGGACUUGAACUGGGAAAGGUUGUGACAAAAAAAUUCAGCAACCAGGAAACUUGUGUUGAGAUUGGAGAAAGUGUCAGAGGAGAGGAUGUCUACAUUGUUCAGAGUGGUUGUGGUGAGAUCAACGAUAACUUGAUGGAGCUUCUCAUCAUGAUAAAUGCGUGUAAGAUAGCCUCAGCCUCACGAGUGACCGCAGUCAUCCCCUGUUUCCCAUACGCAAGACAAGACAAGAAGGACAAGGUGGGGAGUCGUGCCCCCAUCUCUGCAAAACUGGUGGCUAACAUGUUGUCAGUAUCUGGAGCUGACCAUAUCAUCACCAUGGACCUCCAUGCAUCCCAGAUACAGGGCUUUUUCGAUAUCCCCGUGGACAAUCUCUAUGCUGAGCCAGCUGUGCUGAAAUGGAUUAAAGAGAACAUCAGCGAGUGGAAGAAUUGCACCAUCGUGUCACCAGACGCAGGAGGUGCAAAGAGGGUCACAUCCAUCGCAGACAGGCUGAAUGUGGAUUUUGCACUCAUCCACAAAGAAAGGAAGAAGGCUAAUGAAGUGGACCGCAUGGUUCUGGUUGGGGAUGUGAAGGACAGAGUGGCCAUCCUUGUUGACGAUAUGGCAGACACCUGUGGCACUAUAUGCCAUGCGGCAGACAAGCUUGUGUCAGCCGGUGCCACGAAAGUCUACGCUAUCUUGACCCACGGGAUUUUCUCUGGCCCCGCAAUCUCUCGCAUCAACGAUGCUUCUUUUGAAGCAGUGGUUGUCACAAAUACAAUCCCUCAGGAGGACAAGAUGAAGCUGUGUUCAAAAAUACAGGUUAUUGACAUCUCCAUGAUCCUCGCGGAGGCUAUCCGCCGGACACAUAACGGAGAAUCAGUGUCGUAUCUCUUCAGCCACGUUCCCUUGUAGGAACACCUCAUACGUUCUGCGCCGUACCCUGUCAGACCUGGGAACCUGUACCCAUGGAGGCAUAGAACGCCACCUUCUCUGCCCGCUCACUCCUUCCCAUGUUGGGCAAAGGGAUGAAAGUAGUUAGGGAAUACUCUAACCCCCGAUUAGAUCUUUUUUUUUUAUGGAGAGGGUUCUUUCAACCUUACCAUGUUUGAGGCUUUCAUCGUGUUACAUUGCACUAGCUCUCAAUUGGUUUCACUAUUGGACAUUCCCAACGCAGACCCUUUGGUGUAGUUACUUAGCUUCUGUUGGUAUGCCAAGGUGAUUCGUCAAGGCAUUAUCAAUGGAAAGACUGGAAACUCUAGCUAAAGCUGCUGCUGAUGCCAUAUUUCGGAGAAAAUGUAUACUCCAAAACAAUGGGUUACAAUUUGAGCUUGUUCUCUUAUGUCAAAGAUAUUUUGGGGAUUCUGGGAGGAUGGGAGUUUGCCAGCCUAACUGUUUCCUAGCUUUUGAGUUUGUCAAUUGCUGUUUAAUAGAAUGAUGGUUGUACACGAUUUCAUGUGUUUGUGUUUACAGUCAUGCUCAGCCAUUUUAUUGCUACACAAAGCUUGAUGUUCUACAUGCCAUAUUCUUGCAUACAAUUUCAGUUAAAUAUCCAAGUGUCCUUAAUUCUAUACCUUGGCGCGUGAUAUGAAACAUUUGGAUGCUGAUCAAUUUGGUGAUUCAUGUAUUAGUUUCUGUGCCCACAUUUAAUGACUGAUGCAAGUUUCAUGCAUGUUUUUAUUUUUUUUUCUCCCCUGCACAGAAAGCAAUAACGCUUAUAUGCAUGUAAAUUCAAACAGCUAUAAAUGUGCUGUAGCUUGCGUGGUUACAGAGAAGUGAAAGUGCCACUGCUUGGUCAGCACUAAUUCAAAAUUGCUAAUUCACCCAUUCAUCUCAUUUUUUGUUUACUUUUUUCAGCAUGGAGUGGUUUUAUUUUUUAUUAAUUGUCAUUGUCACUAAAAGCAAUACGGUACACGAGUAUGUACUAAGAAAAAAAAAAAAGAAUUUACUGCUGUUCAACUAAUUCGUGAUUUUAAUAGGGUUUAUGUACAGGGCACUGCUCUUUGACCCCAUGUCGAUUAAUUUGAAGAUGCCUGUUGCCUUAAUGUUAAAUAUUGAAGGUUGACAUAAAUGUAUCCCCAUAUCUGGUAUGAACCUGCUUUCUCCUUGGAGACCGAUAUGAAUGUAUUGUGUGAUAGAUUUAAGAUCAAUAAAAUAGCCUACAU